UGGAGCUAAGUGUGAAAGGAAACGGGGCAGUGCCUGCCGGCUUUAGGCUUUACGUCUGUUGGUCUGGACUGACUCAAGGCGUCCAAAAGAGGAUGUCUAUCAUCUGGCUACUCGCCCCAGACAUCCCAUAGAACCUUACCAUUCAUGCAGAGGGGGGAAGAAACACGGGACUAACCACCAGAGCAGAAUGGACAAGAGCAGGGUGAGAAGGGGCAAGCAACACAACCAGAGACCCUUUUCAGAAGACAAUUGACAAAAUCCAGAGAGGACCAGGGGCAGCCCCAGGCUCUUGUGGCUUUCUGGUUCCAAGGGAAGUGGGUCCUACAACUGCUGUUGGCAAGUGUCAGAUGGAAUAAAAGGAGCAGGUGACUGGCUGCAAUGAGCAGCCCAGACUCAAUGACAAGCUUGACCUGAUCAGGACCCGCUGCUCUGGGCAAGUGGCUGCGACAUGCUCCUGAGGAAGAGACCCAGGAACGGACGCUGCAGGCUUCAGUUCCUCCUGCUCUUGCUGACACUCGGAUGUGUCCUGAUGAUGGUGACCAUGCUGUAUCCUCCCCGACCCACGCAGCACCAGGCUGUCACAACCCAAGCCAGCAAACACAGUUCUGACAUGGGGUAUCGCCUGGACUAUGGGGACUCCCAAGAAUGGGUUCUGGAGGCUGAAGAAGAGAGUGAGGAGGACAGCUUCUUGGACGGCCUUCUGCCCUUCAUCUCCCUGCAGGAGGAUCAAUUGCUGGUGGUUGUGGCCUCACCCAUGGCUAAGAGGAAUCAGAGCCAGCACCCGAGAUGGGGCAGCUACCAGUUCAUCAAACAUCCGAGCAGGAGGCGGGAUGAGGAAGCCCCUGAGAGGGAUUGGAGGACUGAGGAGGAUGGGGAGGACUCAGAAGAGUCGCUGACCCCACUCAGCCUGGACACAGAGAGCCUCAACAAGGCACUCAGUGACUACCUGUCCCUGAAGAGAGUCCUGCCUGAGGUGCGGCACCCUAUGUGUCUACAGCAGCACCCUGCAAGUGGCCUGCCUACAGCCAGCGUCAUUCUCUGCUUCCAUGAUGAAGCCUGGCCCUUGCUCUUGAGAACCGUACACAGCAUCCUGGACACAGCACCCAAGGCCUUGCUGCAGGAGAUCAUUAUUGUAGAUGACCUCAGCCAGCAAGAACAACUGAAGUCUGCUCUCAGUGACUAUGUGGCCAGGCUGGAGGCUGUGAAGUUGCUCAGGAGCAACAAGAGGCUUGGCACUAUUGGAGCCCGGAUGCUGGGGGCCACCAUGGCCACAGGGGAUGUGCUGGUCUUCAUGGAUGCCCACUGUGAGUGCCACCCUGGAUGGCUGGAGCCUCUCCUCAGCAGAAUAGCUGAUGACAGGAGCCGAGUUGUGUCUCCAGUCGUAGACGUGAUUGAUUGGAAGACGUUUCAGUACUCUGCGGCCAAGCAGCUGCAGCGAGGGGUGCUGGACUGGAAGCUGGAUUUCCGAUGGGAGCCCCUGGGGGAACAGGAGCAGAAGGCCCUCCCAUCCCCCAUCUGCCCUAUCAGGAGCCCUGUGGUAUCCGGAGAGGUGGUGGCCGUGGACAGACACUACUUCCAAAACUCUGGAGCUUAUGAUCUGCUCAUGUCACCUCAGGGUGGGGAAAAUCUUGAGAUGUCCUUCAAGGCCUGGCUUUGUGGCGGCUCCGUUGAAAUCCUUCCCUGCUCUCGAGUGGGACACAUCUACCAAAGCAAAGAUGUCAGCUCCAGGACUGACCCUGAGGCCAUCUUGAGGAACAAGGUCCGCAUUGCUGAGACCUGGCUGGGAUCCUUCAAAGAAACCUUCUACAGGCACAGUCCAGAGGCCCUUUCCAUGAGCAAGGUUGCAAAGCCAGACUGCACGGAACGCCGGAAGCUGCAAAGGAGGUUGGGUUGUCGGACAUUCCACUGGUUUCUGGCCAAUGUCUACCCUGAGCUGUAUCCAUCUGAGCACAGACCCAGGUUCUCUGGAAAGCUCCACAACACUGGACUCGGCUUCUGUGCAGACUGCCAAGCAGAAGGGGACAUCCUGGGCUGCCCUAUGACUUUAGCCCCUUGCAGUAACAACCGGCAACAACAGAACCUGGAGCACACCAGCAGGAAGGAGAUUCUCUUCAGCAGCCCACAGCAGCUGUGCUUCGAUGUCAGACAAGAACAGGUGAUUCUGCAGAACUGCGUGGAGGAAGGCCCUGCCAUUCGUCAACAGCACUGGGACUUUCAGGAGGAUGGAACCAUCAUUCACAUCCUUUCUGGGAAAUGCAUGGAAGCUGGGGCUCAAGGAGACAGUAAGGAUCUGCACUUGAGUCAGUGUGAUGGUAAAAGCAGCCAGCUGUGGCAAUUCGACCAGGUCCACCCUGUGGAUGAACGAUGAGUAACAGUGACGGAGAGCAAAGCAAAUGAUCAGCUUCACAUUUCUGCUCCUGUGUGUUCUGAGCCACCCAUUGUGCCCAGGCUGCUGGUAUAGGAGAGAAGAAAAUGACAAAAAAAAAAAAUCUCUCCAUGUGCCUCAUGUCAUUGAAUGAUAGCUGUAUUUAUAGAAGAAAAGCAAUGGAGUCAUUGUAUUCGUCUUCAGAAAUGUUCAUCAUGAAAUACAGCAGAGUCAUUUCUUGCCCUACCAAGCAUUUAACAUUUGCUUUUAUCCCUGACUGUGGAAGAGGCAUAGACAUUGUCUGACAGAUCUUCCAGGAGACCUCAAAUGCAGUAGAUAACUUUACCUGACCCCAAGUAGCCUUUACUGGAUGGUGUGGUGUAUGUGGUCAAUUGUGAACGUUAGAGUGAAGGGUGUUAAUGAUCUAUGCUCCAACCCAUUUAAUUAGGCUUACUAGCAUAUAUUUUCUCAUUUAUUGAGCCCUAGCUCAAGAGGAGGCAGAAGGGAAUAGAGAGGAAUGGGGGUGGGGCUGGGAAGAAGGCUGGAAAGAGAUUUGUCCUGACUCUCCAGCUCAGGUUGGCCCAUGAAGAGUCAACAGAGCUAGGUAAGAGUUUUUCAUCUUCAGGACAGCCCCCUUGAAACUCUCUACCUCCAGCCUUAUCUAGCUCAGCCAUGCACAACCAGAUUUCCUCACAAUGUAGUCUUUCUGAGUCUCCAGUGCUGGAAGGAUCAACACAUUUGAGCAUUCUCAUGAACAAAGGUAUCAUGGUACAUAAACUCCCUUGAUGCCCUGGUAGGAGAGCUGUGCUGGCUCAAUGAGAAAUAGCAACCUUUGAAAAAGGAAAACCCUCCCUUGAAUGGAAAUGCCACCACUCCAGCCAAAAUCUUUACAAAGCAAAAUGGAUGUGGCUAUUGAAUAUUCCUGAGGCUUGGCGGGGCCAUCUAUGAACCAACAAUAUAUGCCAAGGACCCCAUAAAUGUGGAUUCCUGUUAAAUGCUCAUGGUUAAGUGAUAUCCACUUCAACAAGAGCAGAACCAAUGUGUAGCCACAAGUGUUGCUGAGCGAAUUAGGAUGCUGUUGAGAAAAAAACAGAAAAACAUUCUUGCCCAUUUCUUUCUGGAUAUAAUUAGCUCUCUAUAUGGCAAACUUAAAAUUUCAUAUUAAAGAUGCCUUUUGACUGUCUUUGAACAGUUGUUUUAAAUAAGAAUUAGGAAAGAAGUUUGCAUUUCUAAAAUACCCAAUAUGUAUGUAUUUCUUCCAAGUCAAUGCCCACUGUGUUUCUCCAACCUUAGAAUUGAUCUAUACUAACUAACACUACCAAUAUGAUGCCACAAACCCACUGUGGUCAUUUUGAUGGAAAUUCUGUACAAUUCAGGAAAUUUUCCAACUGUUCCUUGAUUGUGCUGGCUACAUUUCAAGAGUUCAGUAGCCAGCUGUGGCUAGAGGCUACUAAACUGAGAACACAGUUAUAAAAUAUCCCAUCAUCACAGACCUUAUUACUGAAUAGCACUGGCUAGACCCAUUCCCGAGUAUGGAAGAAAUUUUACCCACCAUCUUCUUACUUCAGACCUGUCUGUAUUUAAAAUGAAUUCUCCUGACAUGUUGAGGCAGGGAUGGAGCUUUCAGAUGACAACCUUGUAAAGGGCAGUAAUGGUUGAAGAGCAAACACUUUAAUAAGAUCUCUAUUCUGAAAUGAAUUCUGUGAUUAGCAUUGUCAAUAGCUGAAGCUGUUGGGAUAAAUUAAUAUAAUUAAC